AACAAACUUUUUGAUAAUCCAAAAAAAAAUCAAGAAAAAUACAACAACAACAACAACAAGAACAACAACAACCACAAAAGCGUAAAGAAGAAGAGACUGAUUUUUAAAACUAAAGAAGAAGAAGGAGGAAUAGAGGAUAGAGGAUAAAGGAUAACGGAUAAGAAGCAAGAAAAAAAAACGAAGAAGAAGCAUCAUUGAGGCAAAAAGUGAUUCAGGAUCAAAUCCACAAAAACAAAAACAAAAAAAAUCCUCACCCACACACACACACACCAGUAUAUUAACCGAUAUUCGAUAUAUAUCGAUAUUUUUGUGCGAUUUUUCCCUUUCCCCCCAAUGUUGAAGAAACUCAAGUGCAUGGAGGCGGCACAGGCGGCAGCUGCUGCAGCCGCCGCAGCAUCAGCAGCAGGAGCUGGAGCUGGAGCUGUCGGAGCAGGCGCCCUGGGAUCGGAAUCGGCUUCGGGCUCGGGCUCGGCUACCCCAAAACUGAUCAAAACCGAACCGAUUGACUUUGAGAUGCUCCACCUGGAGGAGAUCGAACGGGAGCCGAGCAGCAGCAGCGGCAGCAGCAGCAACAGCAAAAGCAGCAGCAGCAACAGCAAUGCUGCCGCCAUGCCCCAGAGAUACACCCACGUCCAGGUGCAGACAGUGCCGCCACGCCAGCCAACGGGCCUGACCACGCCGGGUGGCACACAGAAGGUGAUUCUCACGCCCCGGGUGGAGUACGUCCAGCAGCGGGCCACCAGCACAACGGUGGGUGCCAUCAAGCACAUUUACACCCAGCAAGUGGCAUCGAGCGGUGCUGCCAGUGUCGCCCGACAGACACAAACGGAGGCAACCGCGGUGGCCCUGUCGGGGUCACCACAGAUCAUCAUCACACGGGCGGUGCCCAGCCAGCACCUGUCGCGUCGCCACUCGGCCAGUCCCUCCUCCCUGCACCACUUUCAGCAGCAGCAGCCACCACAGCAGCAGCAGCAGCAGCGUCAGCAGCCGUCGCCCCCGCCGCUGCACCACCAACAGAAUCAGCAGCAUGUGCGGGUCAUCCGGGAUGGUCGGCUGUACGAUGAAACCGCUGUGGUGGUUGGUGGGGCACGUCGUCUGUCCGUGUCGCCGCCGCCCCUCCACCAUCACUCGCGCUCUGCGCCCGUGUCCCCCGUAAUCAACAGACGCGGUGGGGCAGGUGCCACCCUGUCCGGUGGCUACAUGGAUCAGCAGCAGCAAUAUCAGCAGCGCCAGACGCCACCAUUGGCGCCGCCACCACCGCCUCCACCGCCACCGCCUCCGCCUCCUCCACCCCAACAGCAGCAGCAGACGCAGUACAUCUCCAGUGGGGCAGCACCACCCACAGCGGCGGCCCGCAAGUUUGUGGUCAGCACCAGCACGCGACACGUGAACGUUAUUGCGUCCAAUCACUUCCAGCAGCAGCAGCAGCAGCAACAUGUGGUGGCCAGCGUUAGCUCCAGCAGCAGCGGCGGCUCCUCUGCCAUCUCCUCCUCGGCGGCAGCCAGCUCUUCUUCCGCCACAUCGCAUAUAUUUCGUACGCCCGUUGUCUCCAGCAGCAGCAAUAUCAAUCAGCAGCACCACCAACAGCAGCAGCACCACCACCAACACCACCAACAGCAGCAGCAGUCGAAUAUGGGCAGCUCUGCCAUGCGUCCACCACCGCCUCCGCCACCGCCGAAGGUCAAGCAUGCCCCCGGCUCAACCAGCAGCAGCAGCAACAGCAGCGGCGGCAGCGGCAACUGCAACAACAGCAAUGGCGAGGAGCCGUCUAGCUCGAUUCCUGAUCUAGAAUUCGAUGGCACUACGGUGCUGUGUCGUGUUUGCGGCGACAAGGCCUCCGGCUUUCAUUACGGCGUGCAUUCCUGCGAGGGUUGCAAGGGCUUCUUCCGUCGCUCCAUACAGCAGAAGAUCCAGUAUCGGCCCUGCACCAAGAAUCAGCAGUGCAGCAUUCUGCGGAUCAAUCGCAAUCGGUGCCAAUAUUGUCGCCUGAAAAAGUGCAUUGCCGUCGGCAUGAGCAGAGAUGCUGUGCGCUUUGGUCGCGUGCCGAAGCGAGAGAAGGCGCGCAUCCUGGCCGCCAUGCAGCAGAGCACACAGAACCGGGGCCAGCAGCGGGCCCUGGCCACAGAGCUGGACGAUCAGCCCCGUCUUCUGGCCGCCGUCCUGCGUGCCCAUCUCGAGACGUGCGAAUUUACCAAGGAGAAGGUCUCGGCCAUGCGGCAACGGGCCCGCGAUUGCCCAUCCUACUCGAUGCCCACAUUGCUGGCCUGUCCCCUCAAUCCCGCCCCCGAGCUGCAGUCCGAGCAGGAGUUCUCGCAGCGUUUCGCCCACGUGAUCCGCGGCGUGAUCGAUUUCGCGGGCAUGAUACCCGGCUUCCAGCUGCUCACACAGGACGACAAGUUCACGCUGCUGAAGGCGGGCCUCUUCGACGCCCUGUUCGUGCGCCUGAUCUGCAUGUUCGACUCGUCGAUCAACUCGAUUAUCUGCCUGAACGGCCAGGUGAUGCGCCGCGACGCCAUCCAGAACGGGGCCAAUGCCCGCUUCCUGGUCGACUCGACGUUCAAUUUUGCCGAGCGGAUGAACUCGAUGAACCUCACGGACGCCGAGAUCGGCCUGUUCUGCGCCAUCGUCCUGAUCACGCCCGACCGCCCCGGACUGCGCAACCUGGAGCUCAUCGAGAAGAUGUACAGCCGCCUCAAGGGCUGCUUGCAGUACAUUGUCGCCCAGAAUCGGCCCGAUCAGCCCGACUUUCUCGCCAAGCUGCUGGAGACGAUGCCCGACCUGAGGACCCUCAGCACCCUGCACACCGAGAAGCUGGUCGUCUUCCGCACCGAGCACAAGGAGCUGCUGCGCCAGCAGAUGUGGAGCAUGGAGGAGGGACAGGAUCCCACCUCCGGCAAGUCCCCGGCCGCCAGCUGGGCCGACGCCAUGGACGUGGAGGCGGCCAAGAGCCCCCUCGGCUCGGUUUCCAGCACAGAGUCGGCGGAUCUCGACUACGGUUCACCCAGCAGCAGCUCGAUGCAACAGCAGGUGGCACAGGCCGCAGCCUCGCCGCCACAGCCGUCGGCUUUGGCCAGUUCGGCCCCACUUUUGGCGGCCACCCUCUCGGGCGGCUGUCCACUGCGCAAUCGCGCCAAUUCCGGCUCCAGCGGUGACUCCGGGGCCGCCGACAUGGACAUUGUCGGCUCGCAUGCGCAUCUCACCCAGAACGGCCUGACAAUCACGCCGAUUGUGCGCCACCACCUCCAGCAGCAGCAGCAGCAGCAGCAGCCCCACCCCCACCACCAGCAGCAGCAGCAGGCGCACGCCCAACAGCAGCAGCAACAGCAGCAACAUCAUCCGCAGCUGCACCACCACCUGACGGCGGGGGCAGCGAGUCGCUACCGGAAGCUGGACUCGCCCACGGACUCGGGCAUCGAGUCGGGCAACGAGAAGAACGAAUGCAAGGCGGUCUCCUCGGGCGGCAGCAGCUCCUGCUCCAGUCCCCGUUCCAGCGUGGACGACGCCCUCGACUGCAGCGAUGCCCAGGUGUCCGCCGCCCAGGCGGUGGCCGCCGUCAAUCCCCAGCUGAGCGUGGUGGCCGUCUCCCCGGUCCGAUCGCCGCAGCCCUCGAGCAGCGCCAACAUGCAUCUGAAGCGCCAGAUCGUCGAGGACAUGCCCGUGCUGAAGCGCGUCCUGCAGGCCCCGCCCCUGUACGACACCAAUUCCCUGAUGGACGAGGCCUACAAGCCGCACAAGAAGUUCCGGGCCCUGCGCCACCGCGAGUUCGAGACCGCGGAGGCGGACGCCAGCAGCUCCACCCACAGCCUGGGCGCCCUCAGCCCGCGCCAGAGCCCCAUCCCGGCCAGCGUGGCCACGCCGCCGCCGUCGUCACAGGCGUCACACUCCCUCGCGGGUGUGUCCGGGCCGGCCCAGAGCCAGCUGCACAUGCACCUAACACGCGGCAGCCCCAACAGCCACGGCCACGGUCACGGCCACGGCCAGGUCCAGGGCCCCAAGACCUCGAUGGCCAGCUCCCAUUCGGUGCUGGCCAAGUCGCUGAUGGCCGAGCCCCGCAUGACGCCCGAGCAGAUCAAGCGGAGCGACAUCAUCCAGAACUAUCUGAAGCGGGAGCCCGGCACCGCCGCCCUCGCCAGCAGCACCACCUCCUCGGCGAGCAUGGGCGGACGCAGCCCCAGCAGCCACUGCGCCUCGCCCUCGACCAGCAGUCCGCCGCCGCCGGCCCCCCAGCGCUGGGGCAGCAGCUCGGUGAUCACCACCACCUGCCAGCAGAGGCAGCAGUCGGUGUCGCCGCACAGCAACGGUAGCAGCAGCAGCAGCAGCUCCUCCAGCUCCAGCUCCUCCUCGUCGUCCAGCUCCUCAUCCAGCAACAGCAACAGCAACUGCAGCUCCAGCUCCGUCGGCAGCUGCCAGUAUUUCCAGUCGCCGCACUCCACCAGCAGCUCCUCGGUGGCGGUCACAGCCCCAGGUAACGGGAACGGCAACGGCAACGGGGCAGCCACUGCUGCCUCCUCGAGCCCCGCCCUGCUGGAGCUGCAGGUGGACAUUGCCGACUCGGCCCAGCCCCUGAACCUGUCCAAGAAGUCGCCAACGCCGCCGCCCAGCAAGCUGCACGCCCUCGUGGCAGCGGCCAACGCUGUGCAGCGCUAUCCCACUCUCUCGGCCGAUGUCACGGUGACAGCCUCCAGCGGCGGUGGCGGCGGGGGUGGCGCUGGCGUCGGCGCUGGUCCUCCAUCGCAGGCGGCCAGCCCGGCACCGAGCAGCAGCCCGCCCGCCGCUGUGGCGGCCGUGCACAAGGUCAUGUUGGAGGCGUAAGCCCCAAGGCAGGAGAAGGUGAGACAGAGACUGACACAGGUCCUUGGCGGGGGGAUGGAUUGGAGAGCAGGCGAUCGAUGGGAGAGGGGAU